CUAGCAUGAUAUUUAAUUCCCGUGGUCCAAAAAUGAAGGUUCGAAUUCAACGAUAUAAGAAUCAAUUGGGAGCAUUCUCGAUGGAUAAAUGGGAUCAUAAGCUGCUACCAAUUACACGAAUGAUAGAUUACUUACAAAAGGGACGUGUGGUCAUUAUCUAUUGGUGGUUAGGUUAAUGCAUGGAGGGUUAAUGUGAGCAAUUUGGAGGUUUUAUUACCAUUUGACAAUAGAUUACUUACAAAAGGGACGUGUUUGUUUUUUGUUUUUGGGGGUUCUUGUCCACCUUGACAAUCAAGAACGAAGCAAAAUCAACGAGCGAUGGAGAUGAUGAAACAAAUGCUCAAGACGACAGAAGUUAUUCUUCAAGGAUUAAAGGGGGAAUAAUGCGUCAGCAACAAUAAUCCAACCUGAAGCUCAUUUGACGAUAGGGAGUCCAAAUCCAGAGCAAGAUCUCGAGCAAAUGAAUAAUAUAUUUCACACGAGAUGCUUAGUGGAUGGUAAGCUACUAUCAGUUGUGAUUGAUGGAGAGAGUUGCACUAAUCUGGUGAGUGAAUAUUCGGUGAAGAAACUGGGAUUAAACACAUUGCAACAACCGAAACCCUACACUCUUCAAUGGCUUAAUGAAGAUGGAUCAAUUGAGGUCACCAAGCAAGCCAUAUUGAAGUUUGAGAUUGGAAGCUAUAAAGAUGAAGUCCUUUGUUAUGUGGUGCCAAUGGAAGAGGCUCAUGUUUUGCUUGGAAGACCAUGGCAGUUUGAUCGAAAUGGACAACAAGAUGAAGUCACCAAGAAGUACAAGUGGUCGCAUAGAGCUCAGAAGUUUGUAUUGAAGCCUUUAUCUCGCAAAGAAAUCUAUGAGGAUCAACAUCAAAUGCAACAGAAUUUGAAGAAGGAGAAAGAGUUUCAAGUCAAAGUAGAAGAGGAAGUCAAAGAAGACGUGGAUGAGAGAAGAGGUUCUUGUUGAUGGACUUACUAUAGUCACUUGUGAAGAGGAUUCACAAGCUUUAAUUUUAUCUCAAGAAGAACCAAAACUUGAAAGAGAAGAAUUACAAGAGGCAUAAGAGGUGAAAGAAGAUGUUCUUGUUGAUGUGCCAGUUUUGAGUUUGAUAGAAGUUGAGAAAUACAUUGAGAAAUCAGAAUUCGAUGGAGGAGAUGAAUGCUCAAAAAUUAUGGAGCAUUUACCAAUAGUUCACGACGUUGCUCAUAUUGAUGUUGUGAUUGGUGAUUGAUAAACCAUUAUUUUCACAUGUUUUGACCACCAUUUCUUGAACCGUUUGAGAGUCAAUUCUCAUAUUUUAGGCCGAUUUCACGUUAGGUUGUUCGUUUAUGUCAUAUUUCAGGACUUUACGUGGAUAUGGAGGCGUGAGAACGAGUUUCGGGUCGAAGAGUGGAAGUAUGGAGCCUAAGGAGCUGUCAGGCAGAAAUACCCGGUCAGGAGUUAAAAUACUCGACCGGGUGAAAUGCGAAGGAAGGCCAGGUAAAACACGCUUUGGAGGUCAGGAAACAGAAGGGGUCCCGGCCGAAAUGCUUAAACACCCGAUCGGGUAUUCUAGACCUCGAUCAGGUAUUAUCCUAUGCCCGUUGCGCUGCGUUUCAAAAUACCCGGCCGACCUCCUGAAAAACCCAACCGGGUAUUAUGGCCAGGUAUCGUGAUCUGCACCCUUUUGAGGGAAAGAAUGCCAUUUUUUAGAGGGAUCCGAAUUUAGAGAGAGAAAGCGACGGACCAGAGUCUCCAAGCUCCCUAGAUCGAUCUUCAUCACCAUUGGAGCUUGGCUAAAGCUUGGAGAAGUGAAGAUUGAGUACCAGAAACAAAUUCUCAUCCUUCACAGCAUGAUUUCUACAUCUGACCUAGAUUUCCCUUCCUUCUCUAUGGAGUAAACUCUCUCACUCACCUGGGUAUGAAGAACCCUAGAUUUGUAUGUUAGGUCUGGUUGUAUGAAGCCAAGUACAAAUUCUUUGAUACUGAUUAUAUUCAAUUGAGGCAUGGUUUUCUGAAUUGCAUGAAUCCUGAUCAAAUUCCUGUUAUUCCUGCUUUGACCUAGAAUGAGAAUAUCUGCCUAGGUUGAUAGAGCACCCUUGAUUGACUUUAGUCGAGGAGUCAAUUCACUAUUCUGUACUGGCUUUAUUCUAGUAGAGAAGGUUUGGUACGUUAGGGCCUUAGUUUGUUUACUCUAGUGGAGGUUAGUCGCCCAUUGGAGACUCAGAUUGAGAGGGUCUGGAGACCUUUAGUCGAGACUGCAAACUAUCUAAGAACCUACCGCAAUAUAAUUAUCAUUGAAUCUGAACUUGGCAAAUUACAACUUGGCUUAACUGCAGUUUAGGGGGAAUCAUAUCUAGGUGACCUCUCUCAAACUUGGAACACAACAUUUACUGCUUUUGUUUGCUAGUUUAGUUGGAACUUCACUACAGUUGAACCGCUAAAUAAUAAGAAUCUCACGGAGUAGUCAUCACACCUAGGACCCGGGUUGACAUUUAGAACAAAACCCGCUAUACUAUGCAUUAGUAGGUGAUUACACUUGGCCACUUUCUAGUGUGACGGUACAAGCGAGUCAGUGAUGCAAUUACUAAAGAGGAGGUCCGCUUGGAGAAUAGACGAGAAGUUCAGAGCUACGUGGAAGGUGUUCAUCAAAAUGGAGUCUCUACAAUUCGUAGACGAAUUGUCUUUAAGAAGGGGGAAUGAUACAAUUAUCGCUACCAAGAAAAUUUGGUUCGAAAG